AUCUGGAAAUGUUUCCAAAUUAGCUGCCCCAGUGGAAUGCGAGGGUAUUGUUGGUAGUGAUGACAGGCAUUAUCUUCUGGAUUUAAUGAGAGUAAAUCCUCGCGAUGCAAACUAUACUGGACCUGGAUCCAGAUUCUGUAUCUUGAGACCAGAAUUAAUUACUGCCUUUUGCCAGGCCCAAGCUGCAGAAAGAUCAAAAUUUAAGUCUGAAGGAGAUGCUCAUGUGACCACUGAUUCUUCAACAGUUGCAGGUGUUAACGAACAGGAUGUAACAAAAGAAGGGAGGGAUGAGAAUGUUAAGGAUUGUGCUUCUUCCCAAUCUGAAACUGAACCACAUGAGGACAUUCUUUUCAACCCUAAAUCAAUGCCUGAAUUGAAAUUUAUUAUUUGUGUUAAAGCUGUCAUGUUCAUAACUUUUCCAUCUUUCUGCAAAUGA